AUGCCGCCUGCGACACCGUCGCGUCCGCCCAUGGAGAGCCAGAAAUCUUUCGAGAAGGCGUGCGACAGCCCAGUCGUAGUUCGCCAUACUCCCAAGAAGACGCAUCCAUCGCCGAUGAAACUCGAAGUUGGCCAGGGCGCGUUCUAUUUCUCAAUUGAACUGCCCCCCAAUAAGAUCACGCCAAAGAAGAGCGGAACGACAAGCAAGAACCAGACGCCAAAGGGAGAAGACACGCCCACGAGGACGAGGACGCCUAGCCCGUUGAAGAAAGCAAGCCCGUCGAAAGAGAAUGCAAUGGUGAAGCAGAGUAAUGCCAAGAUAGCUACUGUCACUCCGAAGAGAAAGGACUUGCUCAAAACACCUGGAAGUAAUCGACCUGGAAGUCCUGUCAAGCGCUCCAUUGAGCAGGAUCACUCACCUGUAGAUCCGCUCAAGACGUCUGCACGCCUGGCGAGGGAACUCCUAUCGGAGCCAGAGGAGCCACUCCAAGUACCAACCGAACGGCUUGUGGACCUGAAGGACGAGCAUGCUCCAGCAAACUUGGUCACGACUGCCACCGACCCAGCCCCGCUCCAAGGAUCCAUGGGGCAGGCGCCACCACCGAAUAAGUGCCCAGAAAACAUCGGACACCUCAUGGCAAGCCUCAUUACCAACACUACCAGCACGCGUGACUGGGGAACUGCUUACAACAACGACAUGAUCUCUCCUAUGCCGACACCCCUGCGCAAAGCCUCGGAGAAGCUCAAGUUGGGAGAGUCGCCUUCUUUCCUGCGGAUGUCGACCAAUGGUACAACUGUGAUGACCAAUGCAGACCCUGCUAGCGACGUCAGCAAGAGAGGGUCUUUGAACCCACAUGAACCUGCGUCGAUCGACCCGGGACAGGAUGAGAGUAAACAGAUUGAGUCAACGUUGUCUGGAUCAACCGAGGAAGCUCUACCCUCUUCCGUUACCACAGAUCAUACCGCGAACGUGCCGAGCGAAGCGCGACCUGCGCUUCCAUUACGUGCAGCCAGUCUGGGAUCUUUCAACACCCUGAACGCGACUCGCGAGGUACCAGCCCCGCCGCACCGCCCGCUUCUAUUCCCAAAGCGGAGGUCUGAGACUCUACAGAAUGAGCCAUCGCGACAGGAACAUCAGGUCAGGUGGCAAGAUAUGGAGACUGGCUAUUCGAAGCCUUUACCUUCGAGCCAUCAGAGGCGGGUGGGCACUGAUCCAAGCGUACUUUUGAAGAUGCAAAAGGACAUGGCUCAUUUGGAAGCGACGAUGCGCCGCUCAGCAGGCGUUGUCGACCCAGCCUUUUGCGGGCCGCUCAAUCUGAACGAGCUACCUGCAAUGUCGAACGAUUACUUUGUUAGAGGCCAGCAGGAUAUCAGAAGCCCAGGUGUUGUUGGCACGCCAAAAGCCCUCAGUAGAGCCAACUUCGACAACCCAUCGAUUGAGACUGUGCAAGCGAAUGGAGGAAAGAACACUGGCAACUCGCUAGCAUCGCUGAAGGUUCCUGGCACGCCAGGCAUACCACGAAGGAAACCCAGUGCUCUCUCCUCAGCGCAAGCGACGAGAGACCGUCUUAUUGCAGCUAAGAAAGAGAGUUCUCAGCGUACAGGUACAACCAAGACCGCGGGCCCCGAAAGAUCCCGCCCUCGAUCAAAGACUACGGCAUCAGCAUCAAGCAAGUCGGGUGCAGUGACUAGCACGCCUCGUAAGACUCCUGCGACUCCGGCCAAAUCUGUGGCACCUCCUGGCGCAACGACACGUAGCUCUCCACAUAGCCGCAUACCGUCAUUGAAUUCGGCAAAGCCCAGGACCCGAACACAGUCUGUCCCACAACUUGCGCCAAAGCCGCUUUCGAGCGCCGCAGGUCAUGAGAAGGCCAUCGCAGCAUUGAAAGACCGGCUACCAAACGUACCAAUUGCUCCGAUUAACACCAGGCCUGUUCCGAUCCGGAAGCCUCUAAGCCCAUCCGUUACAGAGCCUCGCAAACCGGACGAGUCUACUACACCAGACGGCUCACCUGCGAAGAUCCUCACACCCGCCAACGUGCCUGCGCCAACCAAAACUUCCAGAGCCUUCCCUUCUACCAAAGACGUCAAGCCAAGACCUCUCUCAACCAAACCCAGUGCCCCGUCAACACCCAGGUCCAAGCCCAGCGCGCCGGUGACAAAGACACCAGCCCCAAAGACCCCGGCCACAGGCCUUCGCAACGUUGCCGCUGCCAACAACAACCUCAGACAGCCCAUGACCGCCGCCAAAACUCCAGUAAAUCGCCGCAUACCCGUCCUCGACCGCAACGCAACGCGUACACCGAGCAAA